GUGCGUCCUCUGCCAAAACAUCAAGCAGCUCACAUAAUCACAUGGGAUAAUCGGUUUCAAUAACUAAACUGCGCAUUUCCCCGUGGUCUCCUGAGAAAAGAAGGGACAUAUGGACAUAUAACUGGGUAAUAACGCAUUUUGGAUUAUGCAUUUAUAAAUAUGUGACAUUAGAAUCGUACAGUUUACAGUUACAGUUAGCCUAGCCACAGCUAGCUUUGGUCACCUCUCCAGAUAUUUAUUUUACUUUACACAACAAACACUGUGUAAAAAUGUCGGGUGGUCCAAAUGGAGAUCCCAACAUGUCUGCAGAGGAAGGCAUCAUCGACGAGGACGAUGAGUUUGAUGAUGAAGAGUACGCUGCUGUCAAUUCAAUGCUGGAUCAAAUCAACUCAUAUCUUGAUGACCUAGAGGAGAGAAAUGAUGCACUCAAUGGCAAAUUACACGAACUACUGGAGUCCAACAGGCAGGCACGACUGGAGUUCAGGGCCCAGUUGAAUGGAUCCACUUUGCCUGACACAACUAACACUUCAAGUAGAGACGAGUCCAAUGAACCCCAGAACAACGACAAAGACAAGGAUUAAAUCAAUUUGUCUGCUGUUGUACCUUUUAAACUGUUGUGUUGCACAUCUGCACUUCCAACUACUGCAAUUCUAUUUUAUUUUAUUUAUUCGAGUGCAUAUUUUACUAAUUGUUUGUUUCAAAUACUCCAAAAUCUCAUAGAAAAAUUUAAUGCCCAUACACAGCAAAGUAAAUACAGUCCUCUUGUUGUAACAAAGAAAGUAAUUGUUGGAAAAAGUCAACAAGCAUCUCAAUCCUCUGCAGUUGGGCUGUUGUUCAUAUAUUUAAGAUGUUGGUGCACAUUUCAUUAUAUAAUGAAUAAAUGCAUGUAGAAUGAAGUAAUUAUGACAAAGCAUUCCAUUAUGUUUGUUCCUGUGUGUUCAGAAGAAUAAAAGUAAUGAUACAUGU